UUUGCUUUUGUGGGUUUUAUUACUCAUGUACGGUGUGUAUGGUGCUGAUGUAGGUACAGUGAAGCCAGUGUCAGUGAUGAAGGGUGAUUCUGUCACUCUUCACACUGGUGUUACUGAACUACAGAGAGAUGAUAAGAUAGAAUGGAUGAAUGAAAAUCGAGAUAUCAUUGCUCAAAUCGAAAACAACAUAACCUUAAUUCAUGAAGACAGACUGGAGUUGGACCAUAAAACUGGAUCACUUACCAUAAGAAAAAUCGCUGAAAACAGACUUUAUGAACUACACAUCAGGGGCGACCAGCUGACAUCCAAGACAUUCAAUGUUACUGUUCAUGGUGGUGUGAAGACAGUAUCAGUGAAGGAGGGAGAUCCUGUCAAUCUACACACUGAUGUUAUUGCAAUAAAGGGAUUUGAUGUGAUAUUAUGGAAGACUGAAGGUGAUCUUGUGGCUGAAAUCAAUCAAGUUACCAAUCGGUUCUCAUUAUAUGACAGCGGUGAUGUGAGAUUCAAGGGCAGACUAGAUCUUGAUCGUCAGUCUGGAGAUCUCACCAUCAGUGAUGCUGAAACCACAGACUCUGGCGUUUAUCAUCUACACAUGAGCAGCAGUACACACACCUUACAGAGGAACAUCAGUGUUACUGUCAAAAAUUCAGGUAAUUCAGGUGCUGUAUCAGGGAUAUCUGGUGCCAGUGUUGCUCUGGUGGUUUGGGCUGUAACUGUUUUUUUACUGCAAGAAGUAUAAGUAGCCAAGGCAAAGGUGUUUCAUGGAAGAAAAAGUGAAUCAAACUCAGGAUGAGGAUGAAUGAGAAGAAUCAACCUGUAAUAAUCUAUAACAAUGUAAAGAUGGGCUUUGCAUGACAUACUGAUCAGUGUAGGGGCUAUAUGUAAGAAUUUCUUGUAUUAAUCUUUUUUAUUAUUAUUAUCGCCAAUAUGUAAACAGAUUGUAAUGAAACUUGAAAUUGAUACCUUCCACAACUUCCUAGGUUGUCUAUGAAAGCCUGUAGACAAAUUUUUAUGCAAAAGACUUGUCAGUUUCCCCGGGAAAAUCCAAAGGAUGUAACUUUUACACAUGCUCCCGAGAGCCUCUCUUCCAUUCUAUGGCACAUGAAAUGAAUGAUUAUACAAUGUUUAGGACAACGCUGAAAGAGCUAUUCUGUACUGUAAUGUCAUUGUGUCAGGCAAAAAUGGGUUAAUUUAAACUAUAGUCUUAACUUAAUGGCCAAUAGCUAAUGAUAAGGGUUUCUGAAUUUUACUUUUAAAGACAUCUUUAACUCUGGUACAUUGCUUUUUUUAUGUAGGCUACAUAUUUUUGACAUAAAUCACGCUUAAUGUAUUUUUUAUUUUUUAUUUUUUUGCCUCAUGCUUGAUUACUAGAACAAAAAGGAAACUUGUCCUGUCUGACAGUGAUUUCUGUUUUAUGAACUACUGACCUUUUUGUUUCCUGGUCAGAUGUGAAUAUGAAAAUAUGAGCUGAAUUCAAAAUGAUUAUUUUAGACCCAUGUGGUCAUGAAUGUAGAUAUGCUGCUGUUUUAUAUGAUCUUGUUUGAUCUUUUCUGCACCUUAAGCCGGGGACACACCUAACGAUUAGUUUAAACAUUCUACGACUGAACUGAACACACAUAACGAUUGUUUCCUGCGACUGAAGCAGAUUUAUAUACUUACACAUGGAAUUUGAACACCGACUGUAAUCACAGACUGAACGCGACUGGACGCGUUUGAGCGCGAUCAGUCAUAAGUAUCAAUUUACAUUCAUAAUCGGCCUUACAAUCGUUAAGUGUGUGCGCGGCUUUAAUGAACGAACACUGAUUCAUGUUUAAAGCUCUUUUUUAAUUAAUCAAAAGAAAAUGUUAUAGUCUUUCUGAAUUUCAUGAAUCCCUGAUUUUUUUUUUUUUUUAUUAGUUUCACUGCAUACAUUUCCUUUUUUUGUCUUAAAAGUGAAUCCACAUUUAUAAUUUUUCUGUAU